AUGAAAGGAACUCUUGAAAAAGAUUUAAAGGAUGCCAGAUAUUAUUCAGUUUUAUGCGACGGCAGUACUGAUACAAGUGUGAAAUCGCAAGAACUAUUUUACGUCUUGUAUAUCCAGAAGGACGGUCGAGCUACCUGUAAGUUGAUGUCAGUUGAGACGGCUGACAACAAGGAUGCAGCAGGGCUGAAGCAAGCUAUGACCGAAGCUUUUGCUCGUUUUGGCAUCGUAAACUUUGAAUGUAAACUAGCAGCGACUGGCCUGGAUGGAGCAAGUGUUAAUAUGGGGAGAAAUACUGGUUUAGCAGCUCGUUUGAAAGAAAUUGCCCCCUGGCUCACUGCCGUCCACUGCUUCAAUCACCAUCUCGAAUUAGCUGCUGCCGAUGCGUUCAAUGUAACGUUUUUCGCUCAAUUAGAUGAAAUGUUGCGUCAACUAUUUUCGCUGUACCAAAAGUCGCCAAAGAAGCUCAGAGAACUGAAAAAACUUGCUGAAGCAUAUGGAGAACUGUGUAUAAGCCUGUCAAGGCAAGCGGCACGAGGUGGAUAGAUCACAAAGUGCACGCCACCAAAGUUUUCCUGGAGAACUAUGGCAUGUAUAUUCAGCAUCUUGAGCAGGUAAGAAUGGCAAAUUUUAUGAACUUUGCAUCAAACUUGCACCGCCAUGCCCGGUUUAUUUUUUUUAUAAUGUCUCGUAAAAACGGCAAAGGAUAAGAGUAGUACACGUUUUCAGGUUUUUUUUUUCAAGUUUUCUACUGAUGAAAGCCGCGAUAUAUAUAUAUUAAUACGUUCAAACUAACAUGUGUUUCUCAACCCUAUUUUAGUAACAUUGUUUUUCAGCGUUUCGAAAGGAAAUGACGAAUUCUCUUGCAAACAAUCUGAGGCUGACCAAUUGUAAUUUCGAAAGAAAUUGAGCAUUCAAGACGUUCACAUUGACAUUAACUAUUUAUAGAAAUAUAGAAUGUAUAGUAUUGCAUGUAUAUUGAAUUCAGAUAUGUUAUUUUUUGUUCUAUAUACUCUUGACUAUAUAUAGGCCGCAGCUACGUCACCAGAUAUCCAAAGCAGAAGAUAAAAGGUUUCUUGGCUAGAUGGAAAGAUGCUCAUUUCCCAAUGUUCGUUGCUAUCUUCGUCGACAUUAUUGGCCCUUUGCGUGUUUUGUCCCUUGGACUACAAGCUGAUGACAACGACCCAGUGAAAGCUUUGAGAAGAAUUAAAGAAUUUCACUGGACUAUGGUCAAGCUACAGCUAGCACUUUUGGCACGGCUACUUUUGAUGCAUUUAAGAAAGAUUGCAAAGCCGCGGAUGACAAUGAGGACCGGCUUUCGUAUCAAGAUGUAGUGCUCACGAAUUAUGCCCGUGCACUCAAUGGCGCUGCUGGACAAAGACAAGAGUGGAUGGAUGCGAUUGUCUUAUGUUUGAGCAAUCGCUUUAAAGAUCUUCAAGAGGCACCAGUUUAUAAACAUCUUUGUCCUAUUCUAGACACCCAAUCUUGGCCAGGUGAAGAAGUUAAUUUGAUCAGCUACGGAGACGAAUCGGUCACGCGACUUGUCGACCACUUCGCUCAGCUUCUGAAGCAAAACGGCUGUGAUGUGUCGCGUGAUACGAUGCUGGCAGAGUGGAGUGCGCUUAAGUUGUUGAUUUCAGAGACGUAUGGCAAAGCUAUUCCAUACUUGGAUGUUUGGGCUGCCAUACUCUCUUCACCAGCUGGUAAAGAACAGUUUUCAAACAUUCUAAACAUUGUGGAACUGCUGUUGAUUACACCCAUCUCGAAUGCUGUGGUUGAACGGAUGUUCUCCACAAUGGCGAGAAUGAAACCACACCUACGCAACAGAAUGUCAUGA